AUGGACUCUGGAAUCAUCGAUGGGUUCCCAAUUUGGCUGCGCAGCACGAGCGCACAAUAGCGGUUGCGGAAAGCAAAAAUAGCCGCUCAUCUGUGUGUUCGGGUGCAGUGAGCGAGGGAACCUCCCGUGCUUGUUAGAGGAUUAAAGCGCGCGCACACACAACACACACACUCUAAUUUGAGAGGCGGUUUCACAUUUUCUAUGCGGUGAGAAGAAUCUUCGGGCGACGUAUUUCCCCGGAGUGCAUUGCUGGGGUUUGGUUGUUUGUUUGAACUUUUGGUGGGGUUGGAUGGUAGAGUUCACUCAACUACUUCCUUAAUUUUGUCUGGAACUUGGAGUUUUAAUAUUUUAAAUGCAGAGACGGUGAUUAGGCUCAGCAAUUGCAAGUGGAAAGGUACAGGUGCAGGAGAAGCGUAGGAAAAACUUAGUUGGAGUGGUGUUUGUUGUCAAUUAGGGGGAUAAAAGUGCGAGAAGUUUGUUAGUGCGAAUGGGACUAAUAAAAAUUGGGACUCAAGACCCUGAGUCUAACAUGAUAGAACCAUUGGAAACUUCUGAAAAUCUGGCUCAAGAUCCAAAGUCUGGUCCUCUAACACCAGCCAACUAUAAAAUGGAUAGUGAGACAUUGGUUACUGAGACAAUGGAGAAAAAAGAGGUUACUGGAUCUCAAAAUUUUCGAAAGAAUAUAGGUUCAGUAGAAGAAAUCUCAGACCAGAUUAAGGAAACUGGACCAAAUCCUGAAGAUAUUUCUCAGAAUCUAGAUGCAGAGAAAGAAGAACCACCAUUAGAAAGUGCGAAAACAUUAUCGGUUGCUCAAAACCUGGAGGUAAUAUCCCAAAAUGGGCUGACAAAUCUUGAGAAUAUGUGUAUAUCUCCUGAAGCAGCUUCUGCAAAUCAUGGUUGUGGAAAAUUAGAAACAGUGCAUAUAGAUGAGACUAAAAAUUCUGGUCAGUUGGGUACUGAAGACAGAGGGUGUUCUGUACAAUCAAGAAAGAGGAAAGCUGGCUUGAAAAGUCCAGUAACUAGUUCAUGGGUUUUGCGUUCAAAAUCACAAGAGAAACCUAAGGCUCCUGAGCCUAAUGAGAAUGUGAAAGAAGACAGUGCUAAUGGAGAAAAGAAAAAGAGGGGAAGAAAAAAGAAGCCAAUGCAGAAAACUACUGUAAAUGAGUUCUCAAGAACAAAGACCCAUCUUAGAUAUUUAUUGCACCGAAUAAAGUAUGAGCAAAGCUUAAUUGAUGCUUACUCUGCUGAAGGCUGGAAAGGACAAAGCUUGGAUAAAUUAAAGCCAGAGAAGGAGCUCCAGAGAGCAAAAUCUCAUAUUUUACGUUACAAGUUGAAGAUAAGAGCUUUAAUUCAGCGCCUUGAUAUGUCACUUGCUGUCGGAAAGCUUCCAGAAUCUCUAUUUGAUUCACAUGGAGAGAUCGACAGCGAAGAUAUUUUCUGUGCAAAGUGUGGCUCUAAGGAUCUGCCACUUGAUAAUGAUAUCAUUCUCUGUGAUGGUGCUUGCGAACGUGGAUUUCACCAGUUUUGCUUAGAACCACCUCUUUUGAAAGAAGACAUUCCUCCUGGUGAUGAAGGCUGGAUUUGUCCUGGAUGUGAUUGUAAAAUUGAUUGCAUUGACAUGCUUAAAGAUUUUCAGGGAACAAAAAUUUCUCACACCGACAGUUGGGAGAAGAUAUUUCCUGAGGCUGCAGCAGCAGCAUCUGGAAAGACACUGGAUAAUGGUUCUGGGUCUUCAUCAGAUGAUUCCGAUGAUGAUGAUUAUGAUCCAGAUAAGCCCGAUGCAGUUGAGAAGGUUGAAGGGGAUGAAUCAAGUUCUGAUGAAUCUAAUUACUUUUCUGCAUCUGAUGAUUUGGCGGCUUCUCUUAAUAAUGAAAAGUAUCUGGGCCUUCCUUCUGAUGAUUCAGAAGAUGAUGAUUUUGAUCCCUCUGCUCUCGAUCCAGAUAAGCAGGCGGAGCAGGAGAGUUCAAGUUCUGAUUUUACAUCUGAUUCAGAGGACCUCGGUGCGCUACUUGACGACACUGAAGCUGGUGAAGAUCUUGGGCACAUUUCGCCAUCAUCAUAUCAGAAUCAGUCCUCAACAGGCUCUAAAGAAGAAAAUGUUAAAGUGGGUGGGACUAAGAGGCAAUCUCUGAAAGAUGAGCUGUCUUACCUUUUGGAGACCUCCGGCGAACCAGUAUCCGGCAGAAGACAUGUAGAACGAUGGGACUAUAAAAGCCUGCAUGAUGAAACGUAUGGAAAUUCAUCUUCUGACUCAAGUGACGAGGAUUUUGUUGAUACUACUGCUCCAAAGAGGAGGAGGAUUGAUCGGGAGAAAACUGAGGUGACAUCCCCUAAUAAAACUCCAAUUACAGAGAAUAACAUGAAAGCCAAGGAUGAAAAUCAGAAAGAAAGCAAGCAUUUGCGGGAAAGAACCAGGAAAAACAUUGGAGACACAAUUGAGUCAUCAUCCAAAGUUGGUUCUGCUAGUACGGGUACUAAAAGAUCAGCCAAUAAACGACUUGGAGAAGCUAUAACACAGAGACUCUAUGCAUCCUUCAAUGAGAAUCAGUACCCUGAACGAGCUGUCAAAGAGAAUUUGGCGAAAGAACUAGGUCUCAAAAUCCAGCAGGUUUCUAAAUGGUUCGAAAAUGCUCGUUGGAGCUUUCAACAUAGAUCACGAGUGGGAUCAAAUUCAGAUGAGAAGCCACCUGAGCCUCAACCAACUAUUAGCACAGACAAUCACUCUUCCAAUCAGAACAUGGAACUCCAAGAAUCCAGUGCACUCCGAGCUCGGGAGCAUAUCACUGAAGCAAAACUGGACAACUUGGCAACAAAUAGCUGUAAAGAAAAUUCUGGGACACGGGACACCAGAAAGAGGAGAGCUAAGAUAGAUCAAGCACCGGAUGACAUUCAUGUUGAUGAUAAAACUCAGGAGCAGAAAAUGCUAGUUGAUAUGCGAUCUCCUCAACCUUGUAGUAGCAAAAGACAGACAAGAAGCAGCAACUCUGUUGCAUGAUCAUAUACCUCGACAUUCUUCAAAAGUACCUGGGUUCUAUGGAACUGACUGACAGGUUUUCCCAGUAACUGAUCACAUAUCCCCUUGCCAUUGGGCGACCUUCCCUUUCCUGAUAAGUCACUUUGUGCCCCUCAUACUCAUUGCUCAAGAUAUUUGUUGGUUUCUUCACCUUGAAUCUGCAGCUUCGCCUGCUGCUCGGUGAAGAUCUCCGAGCAGUAUGGAUCUGAAAUCAUGAGACAAAUAUCCAGCUUAUCCUGGACAUUCAGUUUGGGCAAUCUUGGGAAUUACCUCGAGUUCUUGUUCUCUCCCAAAGGGGGUCCAUACAUAGGAGUGCUGGAAUUUUUGGCUCGCCCACCAAGUGCCUGUUUUGCCUAGUGCUUCAGUCGAGCCUAAAAUUCUUGGAGUUCGGAGCUACAAUAAUGCUGGCGAGAGCUCCCAGCGUGGGAUGAAUUUGUAUGUCAAGCUUGUCUAUUACAUGAUCUGAUGACAUUGCUUUUUAUAAAAAAUGUACUCUUAUUCAAAUUUUGAGGACAGAGACAAUUGCUAUCGUUAUACCUGUUGCUGUUUUUAAGUUAAGAGGCUUGGCUUCAAUGCAUUUGUUUAUCAA